AUGAUUUUAAAUCUAAAUGGAGAUUGUCUUUAUCCUGAAUGGAAAAAAACUUGUCAAAAAUAUUGUAUGGAAAAUCAAUUCUAUGAAAUUCAAUUAAAUCAAUGUUAUUCAAUGAAUUUAAAUCAAUUAACAUGUAAAUGCAAUGGACAAAUUUUAACUGAAAAAAUUCUAAAUUUAAUUCAAACGAAUAAUUCCGUUUCAACAUCAACUAUUACUUUAAUUAAUUCUCAAAAUAAAAUCUGUAAUCCAUCUGAUUCAUGUCAAAUUGGAAAUGUAAUUUGCUAUGAUAGAAAUAGUUAUUGUAUGUGUGAGAAUGGAACAUGGAUUAGUUUAUUAUGUCCAAGCGGAAAUGUUUGUAAAACAAAAAAGAAGAAGAAGAAGAAAAUGUUGAUUGAAGUUCACUAUGGUAAUGCUUCUGUUUUACUUGUUAAUGGAAAUUGUCGAUCAAUACAUUUAUUAAAUUAUAUUCGAAAUCAUUGUUGUUUAUCAUCAUCAAUUAAAUUUGAUUUAUGUUUAUUAAAUAAUGGUGAACCAUUUCAUCUUUCGUCAUCAAAUACAAAAUUUGUUUCAUCAGAAAAACAACGUUUUCCAUUUCAUUCUCGUUGUGUUUUAACACAAAUUGAUGAAGAUGGAACAUAUAUUCCACUAUUAAAUGAUCCAAGUUUAAUAACAAAUGAUUUUUUAAUAAAAUUAAGACGAGCAACAGGUACGAAUGCAAAGGGUCCUCCACCAAAAACGAAUGUAAAAUCAAGUAAACAAGAAAAAAUGAAAGUACCAUUUGAAAAACCUAAAAGACGUCGAAGUCUUAAAUCAAUUGCAAUUGUAGCUUCAAUUGUUACCAAUUAUAAAAAUUAA